AUGUCGAGCUUUAUCAAUACACUUUUAUCGGAGGUAGGCUGGGACGAGCGUUUUGCAAUCCCCGAACCCAACGCUGAAAACAGGGCUUUGAUAGAGGAGAUUCGUAAAAAGGAGACAGAGCUGGAGCAACUGGGAAACAAACUUCAGAGAAACAAGGAUCAAAAACAGUUAAUGACUGAAUUCCUCAAAAAUGGCAAACAAGAGCUGGAAAAUACUGAGGCUCUGUGUAAGGCCAAAGAAAGAGAAAGUGAGUUGGAGAAACAUCUCAGUGCCCUUGCAGAGAGGGAGACAGGUCGUCUGGGACAGGAGACUGCUAAGAUGGAGAAUGAGCUACGCUCUUUAGCACAAAGGAGAAACAUGCUAGAGAACCACAUCUUCAAGAUCAAACAGAAGCUGGAGGAGUUUAGGAACCAAAUGAACUGGGACCAGCAGACCAUGGAAGCCUUUUUGGAGGAGUCAGCGCGCAAAGAUGAGGACACAAUGGCCAUCAUCAAGUAUGCCCAGCAAGAUGAGCAGAAGAUCAAGUCCCUCACUCUCGCUAUAGAGAAGAAGACACUGGAAGCCAAAGAAAAACACAAAGCACUUGACAAGGAGUUGACUGAGACUAUGUCUGCACAGAUUGCUUUGGAUAAGACUACAGAGAAUUUGCAGCAGGCCCACCAGGAGACACAGCAGCUCAUCCACCAAUGGGAAAACACCAUCAAGCAGAUGAAGCAACGUGAUGCUGAGAUGCAGCAGUGUGCGCUGCAACUUGCCCAUGCCAACCAGAACAUCAGGGAAAGGAACGCCACCAUUACAGAGAGGAAGCACUUGCUGGAUACUCAGAGGAACAACAACAAGGAAACGGAGAGGAAGAUAACCACAGCCAACCGACAGGCUGUAAAACUGAGGCAGGAUUUGAAGGAGCAGGAGAGUAACUGCCGCAGGCUGCAGGAUGAGCUGGACAGUUGCAAAGGCACACUGGACAGAGCCACCUCUGAUGUGGAGUCCAUGACAUCUAACAUGUCCAGAAUGAAGAAAGACAUCCAGGAUAAUAACAACAAACUCAAGGAGGCCAGGGCGUACAAUGCUGCGCUAGAGGAGAAACUUAAAGUUGUAGCUCACACUGCCCUCAGCGAGGAGGAGAGAGCUGCCCAGAUGGACCAGUUUCUCAAGGACGAGGAACAGGCAAUUAAAGAGCUGGAUGUCCAGCUGCGUGACUGCAGAGAGGAGCUGUUUCAUCGGAAAGAGCAUUUGCAGGCCCUAAAGACAAAGAAGAAGGACUCUGCCGCCCACGUUUCAAGGAGCAGAUCCACUGUUACCAACCUGGACAACCAGCUCAGAAAAGUGGAGGAGGACUUAAUGAAACAGCAGAUGACCAUUCGUAAACAGGACUCCAGGAUCAGCAGCUUGAGUGAAAAACUGGCACGGCUGCAAGGUGACAUUCACUCUGAUGAAAAACAAAUGCUAGACAUGAAGAUCGCUGAGUUGACCAAGGCUCUAGAGGAGAAGAAGAAGACAGCCAGCAUGCUAACCAACACGCUGAAGGAGUCUGAGGAUGAUAUUCGCUUUUUGAGGAAAGAAAUGCAAAAGUCAGAAGCUCAAAAGAGAGAUCUGACCGAGAAGGUGGAGGAGCUCAUUCUGCUCCGUACUACCAAUGAAAAGGAGCUGAAGAGACUCAGACUCAGGAAACAGGACAGCAUGGUGGAGAAUAACAUCUUGAAGAUAGAGGUCAAGCGUUCCAGGGAUCUGCUGUACAACAAGGCGGACACUGUGCUGUCUUUGGAGAAGAAGAAGCUGGAGCUGCAGAAAACCAUGAAGGAGAGGGAGGAUGAGAUCAAGGUCUACAGAGAGAUGCUCAGCCAACAGCUCAAGAUCAGUGAUCAGGAGAGACAGAAACUCAGUGUCGAACUGAAUGAGAAACUGUCCAAGAUCGACAUGAUGAAGAAACGUUUUGAGAUCGUGACACUUUCAAUGGCAGCUCCUGAGGGGCAAGAAGAGAAGUCUCAGGCCUACUAUAUCACAAAGGCUGCACAAGAGAAAGAGGAGCUCAAGCGGAAUGGAGACAGUCUAGAUGCUAAAAUACGCAAGAUGGUGCUGGAAAACAGAGCUCUGGAGAACACCAUCCAGCUGUUCAACAAUAGUAACUCAGCAUUUCGCAAAUCCCUCAACAAAGCAAAUGAAUCCAGUCCAGAUUACCAGGAAAAACUGAAGUUGGAAGAGCAGCUGAGAGCAGCCGAAGAGACACUGAAGUAUAAGAAAAGACAGGUCCAAGAACUCCAACAGGACUUACAGGACAUGAACAAUACCUUGGAAAAUCUGCAACAAGAAGAGCAGAUGGAGAAAGAUAAGAUAGAGCACAAACAAUCUCUCAUCAGUAAACUGAACAAAGAAAUCGCAUCUCAGCAAGAGAAAAUCAACAGAGCAACGAAACAGUGCUCUAAGCUGACCAAAGAGAUCCGCUCCGCAAAAAACACCAAGACUGAGACUUUUGAAGAGAAGGACAUUAAGCUGAGGGAGUUAAAAGAAUUCAACAAGAGCAUCAGUAAGAUGCUGAGCGAGGCUGUGGAGGACAAGCCUGAUCUCAGAUCAGUGCUGGAGAAGUACUUCCUGCAGGCCAAUCUGUCUCUUCCAUCUCCUUCUUCCACUCCUACUAGCCACCGGAGCUCCACCACAAACUCUGCCCGCAGCUCUGCCUCUCUCAGGUCUCCUGCAUCCUCGGCCAGCAGCAGCCCCAGAGCCUCAGCACUUCAUUCCCCCGUACUGAAGACUGUGGAACUGGGUUUGGAUCUGACUGCGACCCCCCCUCCUCUCACCACCUCCAGACGUUCCAGCUGCAGCAGCAAAAAGAAGAACCCUUAGUUUCACAGAUUAACUGUGUUGCAUUACAUGACAAAUACACUGCUGAUAUAUGUUAUUGUUUAAGUUGUGAAGGGAGGUUGAGGAUAGUUUGUGUUAGUGUGUUCUUAAGUUUGUGUUUUGCAGACUUUGGUCACUCCACUCUAUAGUUUAUUUAUGUAAAUGCAAUGUAGCCUGAAAUGAAGACUUGAUUAAAAAAAAAGACUGGAUAUGCCUACAAUGUCUAGAUAAAUGUUAAACAGACUGAACUAAAAUUUUAUUUAAUAGCAUAAAUCUCUCUCUUAACCUUUCCUGACAUGAAUGAUCUUUCAGUGAUUACGGGGUGAGGAGAUUAUUAAUGUAGCAGCAGCCACAUUUUUUUUUCAAGAAUGUAUUUGGCUGUGGCACUCCUGACUUUGAAUUCCACUGGUUAAUAAUAAAGCAAAUCACAACCUUAGAAGGGCCGUGCUUUGCAGACUAAAAAAAAAGGUUCCUCUUAUUUUAUUGGAUAUCGAGGGUUUUAUUUUGACCUUGGUUUCCUGCUUGAGCCGUCCCAGCCCUGACAUUUCUCUGAUGCCUUUGAAUGUAUUGUUGUCUAUACGCCACACCUUCUGAAUGAGGGUGUCACUUCCUCGUACAAAACAAAAGUAGGCAGAGGCUCUGUAGGAGCAGAAGGAGCACUUUCCCACGACACACUUCACUCUUUAAAAAAACAAAACAAAAAAAACCCGAAAAUAAUAAUAAAGCUUCAAUAUGCUGCUGCUGAUCCUGUUUUCUGGAUUUUUGGCCUCAUGUGCUGCACAGACAACAUCAGCAUCUCCCCAGUUUUCCUCGUCUGCUACGGAGGUGACAACCAUGACAACUGUUCCCUUUUCAGGGACAGUCCAGCCAACAGCGGUCCUCCCAGCGCCUGAUUCAGUGAACAGUGCUGUGGCAAUCCUUCAGACGGCUGUUCAGUCCACUCUGGUGCUGAAUGAAACAACACUUGAUCCAGUCUUGAACAAGCUCCAUGAACUUAUCCAGCAACUCCAACCAGAUCUGAGCUUCAGUCUGACUGUGAAGAACUUCACUGAAGUCUGAACCCUUCUCAUCUCACUGUUUUCUGUGUGUUUGGUGACCUGUUCCACUGGACUUGAAAAUUAGGCUUUUACCAUGUGGAUAAGAAGGAUCCUCAUUGGUGUUUUUUUUUUUUU